GGCUUUGCCUUGGAUUGUUAUUAUAAAGAGAACGUAACCAUUUUCAAAGACGAGAAAGUAUUUGCGCCGCUGUCUCUUCAAGAUGCUUCCGCCCAAAAAACGGAGACUCUUUUCAAGAAUCGGCGAAAAAUCCGAUCUCUUCGAUGGUUUGCCAGACGAUCUCGUGGUUUCCAUUCUCUGCAAGCUCAGUUCCUCCGCUUCUCGUCCUUCCGAUUUCAUCAACACUCUCUUAACAUGUAAAAGAUUGAACCGUUUAGCCCUCCAUCCUCUGGUGUUAGAGAAAGCCGGAGCAAAAGCGUUGGCCGUCAGAGCUAAAAACUGGUCGGAAUCUGCUCAUCGUUUUCUCAGACUCUGCGUUAGCGCGGGCAACAUUGAAGCUUGCUAUACCCUUGGAAUGAUCCGAUUUUACUGUUUGCAAAACCGGGUAAGCGGGGCGUCAUUAAUGGCCAAAGCGGCGAUAAAGUCUCACGCCUCUGCGCUUUAUUCACUCGCCGUGAUACAGUUCAACGGCAGCGGCGGCUCAAAGAAAGGUAGAGAUCUGCAAGCCGGAGUGACGCUGUGCGCUCGAGCAGCCUUCCUUGGUCAUAUCGAUGCGCUCCGUGAACUCGGACACUGCCUACAAGACGGCUACGGCGUGCGGCAGAAUAUUGCGCAGGGAAGAAACUUGUUAGUCCAAGCCAACGCGCGUGAACUAGCGUCAUCGUUACGCUCUUUGAACAGACGACAACUGCAAGGUGAACAGUGUUACCGAUACCACGCGUCCGUGACGGAUUCGGGGUGUCGGUUGCUGAGUGAUUUUGGAUGUAAUGUGCCUGCGGCGGAGGUGCAUCCGGCGAAUGAAUUCUUGAAAGAGUGGUUCCAAUCAGGGAUGGGAGAGCUAAUGGCGGGGCUGAGAUUGUGCUCGCAUGAUAGAUGCUGUAGGCCUGAGACCAGAUAUCACGAGUUUCGGAGGUGUUCUGUUUGUGAAAUGGUUAAUUAUUGCUCGCGUGUAUGUCAAGCGCUUGAUUGGAAGUUGAGACAUAAGAGGGAAUGCGUACCGAUGGAGCAGUGGCAUAAUGAAGGUGGUGCCGAAGGGAUGGCGGAAGAGGUGGACCAGGUGGUAGAUGCACAGGUCGUUGAUUAAGAUUACCAAAAGUUUAAGGGGUUUUUGUUUUGUGGCUUUGUAAACAUCUAUUGGCUCUAAUUAAAUACAUUAUCAUCA